UGAAGCUGCUGGUUAGCUAACAGCUAACAGCUAACAGCUAAACUUGGACCCGGAGGACGCGCACACACGGAGCUCGUGUCAGGAGGAAUCGACGCGCAUCUCUUUCUCAUGCUCGUGCUCACCUGAAUUCGCUUCUGGAAGCUGCUCGUGCACGCGCACAGUCUCCAUGGCUACGGAGGAGUUCUACGAGGUUGAUUUGAAUGAACUGUGCUGCGGCGCCUCCUGCAGGUGGAGAGGAUCAUCGAUAAGAGGAAGAACAAGAAGAUGAAGUUGGAGUACCUGGUCAGGUGGAGAGGUUACGGUUCAGAGGAGGACACCUGGGAGCCCGAGAGUCACCUGUCCACCUGUAUGAUCUACGUCCAUGAGUUUAACCGUCAAAAUGCAGUGCGGGAAAAAGACAGCACGUUACUGCGCUCCACCCGAAGCUCACCGAGCCUCCACUAUAUCUCUGCCCACAGACCACCCUUCAGGCCGCCAAUCACCGCCACAGCUCACAGUGACAUCAGUGUAGUUUUAACUGCCGACUGUAACCAGGUGAGUCCAGCUCACCUGCCUCCUGUUGGACUGACCAGUCCGGCCUCUGUUGGCUCUCGCCAGCCCCUGCUGGCCGACAGGUUCAGCAGUGGCCUGAUGUCGGCGGCUCCAGCCUGCUCGGCCCGCCGCAGCGUGGAUCUCUCCAAGACUGGCAUCAAGAUCUUGGUUCCUAAGAGUCCGAUGAACAGCCGCCUGGACUCAGAGGAGUCUCCUAGUGAGGCGGCUCACAGUCUGGAGGCCGGACCUCAAGAAGCUCACCAGGUCCCACCUGAGGUCGCUCUUCUGGAGAAACCGGCCGGAGUCCAGCUUGGGCCUGGAGAAGAGAGGGCCCGCAUGGGGACCAGACCCCGCAGCCAAAACCCUCUGCCCCCACCCCGAGUCCCCAUCACACCUGCUGCCAUGCGGUCCCUCAGUGGCACAGGUAACGCUGCGUUAAUGGAGGCUGUUGCAGCCAACGGGAUGUCAGGUGGGCAGAGUGCUGUUGCUGGGGCAACCAGUGUGACAGGGAAGCGUCGUCUAGAGGAACGCUCUGCUUUCGACAAACGCCUGAGGUUCAGUGUUCGACAGACAGAGAGUGCUUACCGUUACCGUGACAUUGUGGUGAAGAAACAGGACGGCUUCACCCACAUCCUGCUUUCCACCAAGAGCUCUGAGAACAACACGCUCAACCCUGAGGUGAUGAAGGAGAUCCAGAGCGCCAUGGCAACUGCGGCAUCGGAUGACAGUAAGCUGGUGUUGGUUAGCGCUGUCGGCAGUGUCUUCUGCUGCGGCCUGGACUUUCUGUAUUUCAUCAGACAGUUGACGGACGACCGGAAGAAGGAGAGCAUCAAAAUGGCUGAAACUAUCAGGACCUUUGUCAACACCUUCAUCCAGUUCAGGAAGCCGAUUGUAGCGGCAGUGAACGGGCCAGCGUUGGGCCUUGGUGCUGCCAUCUUGCCACUCUGUGAUGUGGUGUGGGCCAAUGAAAAAGCCUGGUUCCAGACGCCUUACACAUCCUACGGCCAGACGCCUGAUGCCUGUUCAUCCUUCACCUUCCCCCGCAUCAUGGGUCUCGCCUCGGCUAACGAGCUGUUGCUGAGUGGCAGGAAGUUGACGGCUCAGGAGGCGUGUUGUAAAGGUUUGGUGUCUCAGGUUCUGUGGCCGGGAACCUUCACACAGGAAGUGAUGCUGAGGAUCAAAGAACUGGUGACAGUCGACUCGCUGGUUCUGCGGGAGUCCAAAGCCCUGAUGAGGAACACCAGCCGCAGUGCUCUGGAGCAAGCUAACGAGCGCGAGUGUGAAGCCCUAAAGAGAGUGUGGGGCUCAUCACAGGGAACAGACUCCAUCCUGCAGUUCCUGCAGCGGAGAACCGAGCUCUGCUAGAACCUCCACCUGGACCUGUGACUCAGCACUUCUGAGUUGGAUGCAGUGACUCGGCGGGAAAGGCUGAAUGUUUCAGUUUGUUUAUUGUUCAACUUUAAGUUAUGGUUUCAGCAGAACGUUUUUAGCCUAGCUUAGCACAAAGACUGGAAGCAGGGGGACACUGUUAGCCUCGCUCUGCAGCCAAAACCCAAGAUAGAAGAAUGUUGUGUUUUCAGUCCUCCGGGUUUCUUAGGGAGCGUCUAACAAAUUAAAACAGUGUGAACUGGACAGAUGUCAUCUGGUGAUACACAAAUCUGUGUUUCUAUGACUUUCUGACAAAAACAGCUGAUUUCUGCAUUCAAUUUUUUUAUGGGUAAGGAAAAUAACGCAAACAACUUUCUGCUUCCAGUCUUAAUGCUAAGCUAGGCUAACUCUGUUCAAUCAGAUAUGAAACUGAACUACAACAGAGAACAGGACCGUCUCCCAGAAUUCCCUCCGUGCAGGAGCAAGAAAUAAACGCUGACCUUUGACCUCAGUUUCCUCUGCAGCGCUCCCAUCAGGACACUACAGGUUUAACUCCUGCUCACUGUCUCACAGUAACCGUGCUGAAUCAUGGGUAAAAAAACCUGUGUUGACGCAGUGUGUGGGCGUGGCCUGUCGGCCUUGUGAUCCAUUCUGUCACACGUCAAAGUUUAUGACUUAGUUUAAACAAAUAACUUUAAAGGAGCAGUUCAACAGUUAAUUAUUAAAAUUGGAAACAGCUGUAGAUUCAUAACAGGUAUGAAUCUACACACAGAAAACAGUCAUAACAUGUCAAGCUAAAAUAAACUCACUGGCUUAUCCAUCCGGCAACAGAGCUUAGCAGAGGAUUUACUUAAAUGUUGAACUGCUCCUUUAAAUUCUUUGUGAACCAGGUUUGAUUUGUGCUGACAUUACAAAUACCAGCCGCACAAACAAUAACAAGGAAUUUUUUUAAGUCAUUGGACAAGCUUUUAUACAAACAACUGAAGCAGUGAAAUAAAAAACUGUUCAGUCUGAA